UCGCGGGGGCCGAGCCGCAACAACGGCGGCGUGAUGAAGCCGGACAUCGUGGGUCCCGGCGUCGACAUCCUCGGGGCGGUGCCAAGGUCGGCGCGCGGCCAAAGCUUCGCGUCGCUCUCUGGCACGUCCAUGGCGGCGCCGCAUCUCAGCGGGGUGGCGGCGCUGAUAAAGAGCGCCCACCCGACCUGGUCGCCCGCGGCCAUCAAGUCCGCGAUAAUGACCACGGCCGACGCGUCGCUGACGGACGAGACAGGCACGCCGGCGAGCUACUUCGCCAUGGGCGCCGGCCUCGUCGACGCGGCCAAAGCCAUCGACCCGGGCCUGGUGUACGACACCUCGCCGGAAGAGUACAUCCCUUACCUCUGCGGGCUGGGCUACACCGACGAGCAAGUGAACCGCAUCAUCUACCCUGCACCCGCGGUUCAUUGCGCCGAGAUGGAGAACACCGAGGCGAAAGAUCUCAACGCCCCAUCGAUCAUGGUCGCGCUGACGGUGGACGGGCCGGCCGUGACGGUCAGCCGGACGGUGACCAACGUCGGAGCGGCCAGGUCGGUGUACCGGGUGGACGUGAGUGCACCGGACGGGGUCUCCAUCACGGUGGUUCCUGGAGAAUUGCAGUUCGACGAGGUGAACCAAAAGGCGAGUUUUGUCGUCACCAUGGAAAGGGCUGCUCCAGGCAGCGCGUUGGAGUCUGAAAUUUUGGGGGCGCAGCUCGCGUGGGUGUCCGAAGAGCAUGUCGUGCGUAGUCCGAUAUCCAUCAUCUCUGCUUAGUUCUGAUGGAGGGUUCAAGUAGUUAUCACAAUUAGAAAAUCAGAGGACUGUACAUGUUGAAAACAGUGUUAUUGUUACUCCUAGGAAGCAAGCUACUGUACAUCAGAAUAUCAGAUAUAUAGGUGAGGAAGUCACAUGAGUAGUCUUCUUCUGAGUUCCAACGGAUAGCUAUCGUUUUACAUGAAAUAGAAUAUCACAUCUCCUAUAGUUCAGUGAACAGUUUCGUCCUUGUCUUUUCAUACAAAAAAUAUAUAAUUUCUCUAUUGUGAUUUGUGCUAAUAGAUUUG